CAAGAGAGUUACCUCGGACAAUAACUCCACUUAACGAUAUUUAUACUAUCUUGCAAAGUACUUUUGGGAUCACAGCAUUGUUCCUCUGUCACCGUUCCACUAAGGUUGUGCAGAGGCCAGAAAAAAAGGAGUUGUCAUCAUGGCGCUAAUGAUACUACCGUUCAUUGGAUCAGUGUCGGUAUCUGAGAGUCUGGUUGCCAUGACAACAUUGUGUCUGGUCUACCUGAUUCUCAAGUUUUUCCACACCAAGAUUCCUGAGGGACUUCAGCGGCUGCCUGGACCAAAGCCCCUGCCUAUCAUUGGGAAUGUGCUGGAGGUGGGCAGAAAUCCUUACCUGAGCCUCACUGCCAUGAGCAAGCACUAUGGCAAUGUCUUCCAGAUCCAGAUUGGCAUGCGCCCUGUAGUCGUGCUGAGUGGAAGUGAAACAGUUCGGCAGGCUCUCAUCAAGCAAGGGGAAGAUUUUUCUGGUAGACCUGACCUGUACAGCUUCAGGUUCAUCAACGAAGGCAAGAGUCUGGCCUUCAGCACAGACCAGGCCGGCGUCUGGCGUGCCCGUAGGAAGCUGGCCUACAAUGCCCUGCGUUCCUUCUCCACCCUGGAAGGCACGACCCCAGAGUACUCCUGCAUGCUGGAGGAACACAUCUGCAAAGAGGGAGAGUAUCUGGUCAAACAACUUGACACCGUCAUGAAGGCUGACGGCAGCUUCGACCCCUUCCGCCACAUUGUCGUCUCUGUCGCUAAUGUGAUCUGUGGAAUGUGCUUUGGCCGACGCUACACCCAUGAUGACCAGGAGUUGUUGAGCUUGGUGAACCUCAGUGAUGAGUUUGGCCAGGUGGUGGGGAGCGGUAAUCCUGCAGACUUCAUACCUGCUCUUCAGUACCUGCCCAGCACUACAAUGAAGAAGUUUCUGAACAUCAAUGCCCGCUUCAACAACUUUGUGCAAAAGAUUGUCAGCGAGCACUACACCACCUUUGACAAGGACAACAUUCGUGACAUCACCGACUCCCUCAUUGAUCACUGUGAGGACAGAAAGCUGGAUGAGAACUCCAAUGUCCAGAUGUCAGAUGAGAAGAUUGUAGGAAUCGUCAAUGACCUGUUUGGAGCUGGUUUUGACACCAUCUCCACUGCCCUGUCUUGGUCAGUAAUGUACUUGGUGGCAUACCCAGAGAUACAGGAAAGGCUUUAUCAAGAACUGAAGGACAAUGUGGGUCUCGAUCGUACUCCUCUUCUCUCUGAUAAACCCCACUUACCCUUUCUGGAGGCCUUCAUCCUGGAGCUCUUCCGCCAUUCGUCAUUCCUUCCCUUCACUAUCCCUCACUGCACAACAAAAGACACAUCUCUGAAUGGCUACUUCAUUCCCAAAGACACCUGCAUCUUCAUCAAUCAGUGGCAGAUCAACCAUGAUCCUGAGCUGUGGAAAGAUCCAUCUGCUUUCAACCCAGACCGCUUCCUGAGCGCUGAUGGCACUGAAGUCAACAAGCUGGAUGGGGAGAAGGUGAUGGUUUUUGGCAUGGGAAAGCGGCGCUGCAUCGGCGAGGUCAUUGCACGAAAUGAAGUGUACCUCUUCUUGGCAAUCAUCGUCCAGAAGCUGCACUUCCACACGAUGCCCGGAGAGCCUUUGGACAUGACCCCAGAAUACGGUCUCACAAUGAAGCACAAACGCUGCCACCUGAGAGCCACAAUGCGAGCGAGGAAUGAGCAGUGAAGCUGUUUUUAAUGUGUGAUGUAUGACUCAAUAGAUGGUUUAAGUUGACUCUAACACUGUAUGGGUCACAGCCAUGAUAACAGUCAGUGAAAGAAGCAUCUUUCUCAGAAUGUAAGGCAUUGGUUGCCGAAUUUGAUCGACAGAGCUAAUGACAUUGAAACAAAUGAGUGAAAUGUGCUUGCUGCAGAUCAUCAGAGGUGUCUUGGUUUGUGUGAACGCACCUCUGUAAUGUUUUUGGUUCUCUGAGUGAUAAUCGUGCACAUGGUUGUUGCUUCUCAGUGAAGUAUAAGGAGAUACCUGGUUCUCCUGCAUUAUGUAGUAAACUAAACUACUCCCAUUAAGAAGUUGUAAAACACUCUGUAACUAAGUCACCUUGUUCAGCUUUGGGACACACAGUAUGUUUUACUGAAUAGGCAUUACUAUUUAGGCAACUGCAACCUAAAUUGCUGUCUUCUGUGACACAGGACUCUGAACUGAAAGGAUAUUAGCCUACCUUAUGAUGCCAUUGCCACUUGUAAGCUAAUUAUUUGUAUGACAUUAUAAUGCGGGAUGUAAGACACUGAAGCUAUAUUUGUAUCCCAAAAAAAUGUGAUUUUUUUGUAUAUCAAGUACUUUGUAUUUUAUAAAGUCAUUUUUAUGUGCCUAGUGUUUGUAUAUUUGAGGUGAAAUAGAUUUGCUCUGCAUCUACAUAAAAAAUAUCAGGACACCAAAAGAGUUCCAGUGAUUUUUGGAAUAUAUUAGUAGGCUAUAGAUUUUGUUAAUCUCUAAUGUAUCAAUGAUUGUAUAACAUGUAAGGGCAUGUGAUCGGAGCAUCCUUUAAUCUGCCACGCAAAUAAAAUAUGCUGUAAUGAUCA